GAAAAUCGUAAUUGUUUCACAAGACCUUCGUUCAUUGCAUUUAUAAGUUUCACUUCUCACUUACACGUACAUUCUUAAACCAUGAUUGCCAAAAGUGAAUCUCCGGAUAAGGGUCCUCUUUACCCAGAUUAUCUUCCCCAUUAUGAUCCCUUAGAGAAAAUCCAGCCAGUUGGCCCAUUUGAGCAUGUAGACCCUGGGCAUCGUGCAGACCCUGAGUUGCCGAACCUUUUGAAAGAUGCAACGAAAGUGUUUGAAUUAAGUCCGCAUUGUGGGACUGAAAUUCACGGUGUCCAAAUUUGCGACCUUUCCUCUGAAGGACUAGAUGAGCUUGCACUAAUGUGUGCGGAACGUGGCUGCUUGGUGUUUCGUGACCAGACGUAUAGAGAUGCGGGGUUCGCCAGGCAGAAAGAGGUUGCUGCACAUUUUGGGCCGUUGCAUAAGCAUGGAUGGAUGCCUCAUCCAAAGGCUGCGGUGAACUCUACCGAGACCGAAGAGUUUGUGAUUGUUUUCGAUUCAAAAGAGUAUGACCUAUUCCAAAAUUUACCAAAGAUAGUUGAAAGGGCAAAUAUUAAUUUGAAAAGUGACCUUCGAGUACGAAAAUCUUGGUCCAGGAAAAGCCCGAUUCAAUUCCAUGUCGACCAGUCCCCAGAAUUGCAACCACCUGGUCUGACAUUCUUCUGUAUGCUUGAAUCACCACCUGGCGCUGGCGGAGAUACAAUUAUUUCCAAUCCUAAGAUGAACCGUGCAUUCGAACGUCUCUCUCCUUCUUUCCGCAAAAGACUCGAAGGCCUCAAGGCAAUACACACAACUGCGAACCCAAUUGCACGCGAAUUAAGAGACAAUGGGGAUCUUGCCGUUCUGCGACGACCUAUCACCAAGGCCACCCAUCCAGUAGUCACUGUCCACCCAGUCACCAAAAAGAAAGCCCUUUUUGUGAAUUCCUCUUACACGCAGCGAAUUGUAGGCUGGGAUGACGAGGAGUCAGACUAUAUGCUCAAGUUUCUUUUUGAUCACAUUAACCGUGGACAGGAUUUCUGUUGUCGAGUUCGUUAUGAGCCUGGAACGGUCGUAGUAUGGGAUCAAAGAGUGACACAGCAUUCUCAGACUCUGGAUUAUCAGCCAGGUGCACGCAGACAUGCAUUCAGGCUGACUCCCCUAUCAAAUGUUCCCAUUCCGUCUUUGGUUGAAGAGGAUGACGGAGAGUGCGCAAAAGAAGAAGAAAGGAUGAUGUUAGGUCUCUGUUAA